AUGGCGUACGCAUACCCGUACGUCUUCCGUGCCCAGGCGCCACCAGUGAGAGUGGAGGAUCACAAGGCCAAGGACGCCGCGCCUGUUCCGCAGGUCAAGGAGCAUUGGCCCGCAGGCGGUGGCAGCAGAAGCGCAGGAGCCGGGUGGCUGGACGGCCUUGGCUCAGGGGAGAGCCAGAGGCUGGCGAGCACCUACGACCUCGUGGAGACGAUGCAUUACCUGUACGUGCGCGUCGUCAAGGCGCGCGGGCUCCCAGCGAGCGCCGUCACCGGCGGGUGCAGCCCCUACGUCGAGGUCCGCGUCGGCAACUACCGCGCCGCCACGCGGCAUUGCGUGGGGAAGGCCAGCCCCGAGUGGAACCUGGUGUUCGCCUUCUCCAGGGACCGUGUGCAGGCCACGGUGCUCGAGGUGUUCGUCAGGGACAGGGACGCCCUGGGGCGCGACGACUGCGUCGGCAGAGUCGCGUUCGACAUCGCCGAGGCGCCCGUGCGCGUGCCGCCGGACAGCCCGCUCGCGCCGCAGUGGUACCGCCUCGACGGUACUAAUGGUGGGAAGAUGGCGGCGAACGGCGAGGUCAUGCUCGCCGUCUGGGUCGGCACGCAGGCAGACGAGGUGUUCUCGGACGCCUGGCACGCCGACGCCGCCUCGGUCCUUGGUGGUGACGGCGCGGCGGCCGUGCACAACACGCGGUCCAAGGUGUACGUUACGCCCAAGCUGUGGUACCUCCGGGUAAGCGUGCUCGAGGCUCAGGACGUCGUGCCGCCCGCGCCGGGUGCCGGUGCCACUGCGGACAAAGGCCGGCACGCCGAGGUCUUCGCCAAGGUGCAAGUCGGCGGCAUGGUCCUCAGGACUCGGCCCUGCACCACCAGGGGUCCGACGAACCUUGCGUGGAACGAGGAGCUGGUGUUCGCCGUGGCUGAGCCGUUCGAUGACCCGGCGAUUCUUAUCAUCGAGGCCCGCGUUCACCCCGGUAAGGACGAGAUCGUCGGGCGCGCCUUGCUGCCGCUCACGCUCUUCGAGAAGCGGCUAGACCGCCGCCCGGUCCAGUCGCAGUGGUUCAGCCUGGAGCCCUUCGGGCGUCCGGCGCGCCCGCCGGAGGCCGUCUUCGCCGGCCGCGUGCACCUCGUCAUGGAGGAGCCGACCAUGUACGCCAGCGACACGCGCCCCACCGCGCGGCAGCUGUGGCGCCCGCCGAUCGGCGUGCUGGAAGUCGACGUCCUCGGCGCGCAGGGGCUCACGCCGAUGAAGACCGUCGACGGCCGGGGCAUGACCGACGCGUACUGCGUCGCCAAGUAUGGGCAGAAGUGGGUGCGCACGCGAACCGUGGUGGACUCUUGCAGCCCCCGGUGGAACGAGCAGUACACGUGGGAGGUGUACGACCCGUGCACGGUGCUCACGCUCGCCGUGUUCGACAACUGCCACCUCGGCAACGCCGCCGUCAUCAGGGACCAGAGGAUCGGCAAGCCCCGCCUCCCCAAGGUGCACUACAUCCAGCCGCUCACCGUCGUGCAGCUUGACAGCCUGCGGCGGCAGGCAAUGAGCAUCGUGGCGGCGAGGCUGAGCCGGGCCGACCCGCUGCUGCGCCGUGAGGUCGUGGAGUACAUGCUCGACGCGGACUCGCACGUCUGGAGCAUCCGGCGGAGCAAGGCCAGCUUCUUCCGCGUCACGGCGCUCCUCUCAGGCGCGGCCAGCACCGCGCGGUGGCUCGCCGACGUUUGCCGCUGGAAGAACCCGGCGACGACGGUCCUCGUGCACGUGCUCUUCGUCACCCUCAUGUGCUUCCCGGAGCUCAUCCUGCCGACCACGUUCCUGUACAUGUCUACGGCUGGCCUCUGGAACUACCGCCGCCAGCCGCCGCACAUGGAUGCGAAGCUCUCGUGCGACGAGGCGACCCACCCCGACGACCUCGACGAGGAGCUGGACACGUUCCCGACGUCGAGGCCCUGA